AUGCUUUCCUACGAAGGCGUCAUUCGCAAACGCCUGCGAAUCAAGGGCCACCCUGAGAUCCCCCCUUACGAACGCGGGGAGGAAAAGGCCACGAUUUUCGCAAGCGCGGACAUCGAGCCUGACGCCCCACAAAGCGAGGCGCGACCAGCGGACGAGCGCGCCGUCGACGCCGACGAAGCGCAGUAUGACGACGUGGACGAAGUCGAACCCGCCGUCGGCAACUUAGCAGAUGUAAUCGGCGUGCAGGAGGUUAAGGACAAGCGCACCGAAGCGCAGAAACAGCACGACGAGAUACUGCAGAAAAGAGAGACUGAAUUGCUCAGGAAGGCCGCCACAAAGUCACACAAGGAACAGGUCGAGGGCUUCAACAAGAAGCUGGCGAAGGAACCCGAGCAUUACGACUUGUUCAAGACCAGCUUCACCAAGUAA